AUGGAUGACAAUCUUUGUCAGUCAAGCCCCAAAACGAUUUUGAACAUCGGUUUCCAACAAUUCACUUCUUCAUGCUGCAACUCAUCUGGCUGCAACAAUGACACUUUUUCUGGUAAAUAUUGUUCUGUACUUUGAACUUUGAACUUCUUUGUUCUUUGUUGAAUUAGAUUUUUUUUGUCUGAUCCUUACAUGAGUUGUCCUGUUGUUUUUUUCAGAUGACCCCCACAAUGGACUUCAGUGUGCCUCUUGCACUGAUCCAGAAGAUUACGUUUGUGAUCAGGCUGUGACC